AUGGCGAGACCCCAAGAUACGGCUUUGGCCCGAUUCUAUGGCCUCCCUAAGGUGCACAAAGACGGCGCUCCUCUCCGACCCAUCGUGUCGCUCAAAGGGACUCCAAAGCACGGACUGGCGAAGUGGCUGUUCCGGCGUCUCAAGUUCCUGACCGCUGAGUCAGACACCACGGUCUCUUCGUCAGCACAAUUCCUGGAGAAACUCAAAGGGGUAAGCAUCCAUCCAAAUGAGGUCAUGGUAUCUUUUGAUGUUACAUCCCUUUUUACUUCUAUUCCCCAGGACCUGGCGAUCGAGACAAUCGAGCUGCUACUACAAAGCAAAUACGAUGAAAUGGAGAAUCGUCUUGGACACGCCCAAAUUCUUCAGCUCCUGAAGCUCUGUCUAAGGACGUACUUCACGUUCAACGGGACAAUCUACGAACAGUUGAAGGGCACACCAAUGGGUUCGCCGAUUUCGGGAACCAUCGCCGAGGCGGUCCUGCAACGGUUAGAAUCGCUGGUCUUCCAACACCACAGACCGAAGUUCUGGGCCCGGUAUGUGGAUGACACCUUCGUCGUUAUCGAACGGGAUCAGGUGUUGACAUUCCAAGAACAUCUCAACGCUGUCUACCCGGACAUUCAAUUUACGAUGGAGGAGGAAGAGAACAACCAGCUGGCCUUCCUGGAUGUCCUCGUAUGCCGCAAAGAUUGUGGUAAACUAAAGACCAAAGUGUUCAGGAAAGCGAAAAAUGCGAUGCAAGUACUGAACUUCAACAGUAACCACCCAAUCAGCCACAAACGCAGUUGUGUAAGGACGCUCUAUCGGCGUGUCGAAACGCACUGCCACGGCUAGAAACGUCUGGAGUAAUUUAUCGGAUCUGGUGCAGAAGCGGACAAAGCAACUACGUCGGAGAAACCGGAAGACAGCUCCGAACGAGAAUGGCCGAACACGCGGCAGCGGUGCGCAGAAAUGACGCCAGCUAUCAAGUUACGGCUCAUUCUACGAGAUCCGGCCACACAUUCAAAUUUGAUGAGGCCGAAAUUCUCGCAAGAGGUGACAACCGCGUGAGCCGGGAGCCACUGGAAUUAUGGUUUACUGGCCCCCAGUCCAUCAACAAGUGCAACGAUCUUCCCCUUAUCUGCUUAUGUCACUGAUGAUGGAUUCGAGCAGGAAUUUCGAAACGUCUGACUAAUAAAUCCCUUGUCCCGGCGAUCGUGUCUUCUUCUUCAACAUCUUCCCACUCCAUACUGCGUGCCAAAACUUCGCCAAGGCGGAGUAACAAGCCAUGCGGGGAGUGCAGAGGUGAACACUUUUCCCAACACCGGGGUCGGUGAGUCAGAUGGUCGAGCAAUCAUCACGCCAACAUCCAACGCACGUGAUGAAAUUGCAGCAAUUAUCGACUCGAAUGUCGGCCAUCGAGCAGUGAUCCCACCAAGUGCGACGAUCCCAAAUAAAGGGGGAGCCGUGAAUGUUCAUAGGUAUGCGGUAGCAUGGCUAUGGCAUCCUUUUAAUACCGCAGCCCCUUGUGCAGCAACCACCCGUUUCUGCUUUUUUGUCUCUGAUGAUGGAUUCGAGUAGGAAUUCGAAACGUCGGGCUUAUAAUGCUGUUGUCCCGGCGGUCGGGUCUCUUUCGGCAAGACUACUUCCUGGGACUCGUCUCUUUGCUUAUAUUGGAACGAGGAUUUUUGCGAAUUUUUUAACGAAAUAUAUUUGAAUAUACAAGGGAAUCAAAAAUCAAAGAGUAUAUUCAUCUACUAGAGUAAUCAUUUUUACAGAGUGUACGUUUUGCUUGCGGCCCGAAAGAGGCUAUUUGAAAAGCCUGUUCGCUGGCCCGAAUUAAAUAUCUUGGAGUUAUUUCGACAGAUAAUUAAUAUGAUGACCCUACUUAAGUAAUCCUAUCGGGUUGAAAAAGCACUUGCGAAUUUUAAUUCAAGAAUAUUCAGUAGUUUUUGUGGACUUUAGAAAUUGUUAGAAUCAGAAGUGAAAAAUGCUGCUUCCUCGGUCUGAUUCGAAGCCACCGCAAGCAUUUAGCCUGCUGUCGUAGAUUCGUAUUCCAUCAGAGUCAGGUGGUUUCUUACAAUUGUGUUUGAUUAAACAGAUUAUUUUUCUCUUCCGUCAAGUCAUUUUUUUGUUUUCGUCCUUUCGGCCUCUGCCCGGUUAGAUCAAACACUUGUUAGCAUAACGUAUGGGUGUCUGGAGGACUAGCGAGACCUAGAUUUUCCAGUCCCCUCUCAUCUGAUGACCUUUGACAGUUUAUGAUUUUUAUUGUCGAAUGUAGAGCUGCUUUCGUCCAAAAAAAUCUCGGCAUUUUUCACUCCUUCAGAAUGCUGCUAGAUUUCGUUUUUAAAAGAGACACUGUCUUAUAUCAGUUAUAUCGACACGUUUCCCCGGAUAUGUGGUUUAAGCAUUAUCCGCGCCUAACCUGGGGAUUUGACUAGGGAUUGGGGGCUCACCAGCUACAUGCAUUGGAAGUAUUGUGUUAAAAUUAAGUAUUAGCUGCGAACUCACUAGAGGAGGGAAUGCCUUCGUUGGUAGACUGGCAUUGACAAAUUUCGUAUGUUCACCAAUCGCAGCUGCGCAGGAUAUUCCAACUUCGCCACUCUGAUUGAGCAGCGGCAUUAAAAAGAUCUCAGCCUGGAGGACAUGGUCACCACUUGAUUCCUCGUACCCUGAUCCUGUAGGAACAGUCAAAAAAGUUGUUUUGUGCUUAUUGUGUUCAUUAUAAUUGGAAUAAUAGAAUACAUAGUGGCACAAGUUUAUAGCAUCAUCUUCAUUUCAAGAAAACGAGCCAAAUGACACUUUUUUUCCACGCAAAGUAGAGCUUAGCAGGCAACAAAGAAGCCCGACAAUCAUAAGUUUAAUUGAACCCGAAAUUUUCGUUUAACUAAAAAGCUUGUGGUAGGAAUGGAAAUUCGAACCAAAAAAUUAAAAGAAAUCACCAAAAAUAUCACCUAAUAUUAAAACAGUUCAGUAUUUGGUGGCCGGUUUUUGAGUGAUCUUUAACGCCCGCAUCUCCUACUCGGUACUAAUGGUAAUAGAACGGCGCGUCUUUGACUAUUUUCUGCCCUCAUGUUUUCCGAAAAAUGUGAAAGUGUUCCGAUUUGCAUUAUUAACUCGUUUUAGCUGACGAUUUUUAGUACUUUUGUACUUUAGCACUUCCGUUGAUGGUUUAAGGAUUCGCGUGAUCAGCCCAAAAGGCCGACUCUAAGGUUAUCCUCAACACUGAUCUAGAAUCCGUUUACCGUUUAUGCCCUUCAUCUGAGUCGAUGUGGCCUCUGAAAGGUUAUGUGGAGGUAUGGCGUACAGAGAAGAUAAACGCACGAUCACCGAAACAGUAGGAGUAUUAGCCUGAUCAUUCAGACUUACGCAAUAGCCAAUCUCCGGAGACUAGGAAAGUGUUAUAACAAAUGAACAGUUUCGCAAAUACUCCCAUGUUACGUUUGAAAAGUCAAGUUGGCAAACACGUGUUUUCGGUAAUUUUUCUUCAGGCCAAUGCAGUUAGAUGAAGGAAUGAAAAUUUACAAAAUUAACAGUGUUUAUAGGUGUCUCAAGGGCUAUUAAAUCAUUAUCACUCAUCUUUCCCACGCCGCCCACAUGAGGAAGUCGGCGGGUUUUGGUCCUUAGAGCUAGGAGAGGGGGGUGAGAGAGUCUUUGAGUGAUGUCCUUGGAUUGGGUACACGGAGUACCCAUUAAUGUACUUCGGGAUUUGAGACGGCAUGCCGUCAUCAAUUGAGGUUGGCCUUGGCCACGUCAGAGAGAGCGCUUGUGUCAGGGUUUUCUGACAGCAUAACACCGGAUUCGCUAGCCGUAUAUCCACUGCCUCGGCUGUUUUUAGUAUCCGUUUACGUAGACCAUUAGAGAAGAUUUUUGGUGUCCGACAGACAAUCUGAAAUGCUUCCUUGGCAUCAGCUCGGUAAUCCGUAUCGAUUAAAUGUGCGAGAAUAGAACUCAAAAUCGAUCGGGUCUGACCUGUGGACAUAUGUUCACGCAUCUUCAUUACCAGGCAUCUCGGUGACUACCGUAGGAGGCCAUAUCAGUUUGCAUCUACUCAUUCACUUGCUCCUGUGGAGCGGCGUACAUCGGCCGUACAACGAAGCGCUUGGUAGAGAGGGUGCGUAAAUAUAUGCCCGCCUGGCUAGACAGAGGUGAGACCCGGUCGAUUUCGAGUUCUAUUCUCGCACAUUUAAUCGAUACGGAUCACCGAGUCGAUGAAAAGGAAGCAUUUCAGGUUGUCUAUCGGACACCCACAAACUUCCCUAAAGGCCUACGCCACGGAUGCUAGCAACGGCCGAGGCAGUGGCUAUACGGUUAGCGAAUCCGGUGUUAUGCUGUCAGAAAACCCUGACACAAGCGCCCUCUCUGACGUGGCCAACGUCAACACUGAGCAGAUGUUACCGUUGCGUUUCUGAAGACAGACUCCUUUAUGAGUCCAGAGGCCCAGAAGGAGUGUUCCUUUUCUUAGCAACAAGAGCCCGGAACUUUCGCUUCUAGUCGUCGGAAGUUAUCCACUGGAUGUAUUAGGUCCUCAGGAUAAGGAACGAUAAGAAGAACUCCUUUUCUCAUCCCUCGUCCCUACAAGGAUAUGAAGUCUACGGCUACCUGACCUGGCUGACUGCAUUCUUACCGCGACUUUCAUUUCAGAGAUUCAAGUGUUCUCACACAACUGCUUUUCAAGAAGUUUGAAAUACAGUAAGUAUGCUGUCUCAUGAAAUUUUGACCGAAAUUCUGCAAUGUUAACGGCAACAAGAGCUGAGAGUGCUGAGUCAUGAGGCCAAUUUUAUUACGGCGGAUGCUAAGCCGGCAGAAUUUGUCGCUGCACUUGAAACCCUGCUAGUAAGAACCGACUAGGCUAAACCCACUCUGUGCCGGAAGGUCACCUACCCCACUACUGAAGAACAGGCCCAUCAGUAAUAUGUCGCCGCAGAGAUAGAGGCAAUGAAGUAAUUAUAAAUGGACUUGGGCAUAAUAGUGCUGCAAGCCGACAAAGGAGGAGCAACCGUCGUGAGGAUCUACGUCGAGUACUACGGAAAGGCAUAGGUCCUCGUCGACGGCCAACAGUCCUACAAAUCCACGUCUUCCUCGCGAGCCAUAUCUAUGAUUGGCCAACUAAUCGGACUCCUGAACCGACUCAAACGCAACAGUGCAAUAUCGCUAGACGAAACCAACGGACACGGCACUGGCCCGGUUUUAUGGAUUACCCAAAAUCCACAAACCCGAUAUUCCCCUUCGACCGAUCGUUGCCUUGAAGGGCAGUCCCAGCUACAACCUAUUCAAAUGGAUGGCCCGAGAAAUUAAUUUUCCACGAGAAAACUCGAGGACCUCCAUCAAUUCGGCCUCCCAAUCUUUGACUGACAUCUGUGGAAAAGUUCUCCGACCUGAUCAGAUUAUGGUGUCCUUUGACGUCGUUUCGUUAUUCACAUCCAUCCCACCGGAGCUGGCAUGCGACGUUCUGCGCAAAAGACUCGAAAAAACUGCAACGAAACGAACAGACCUCUAAAAAUUGAUCAUUUACUGCAACUCUUUGCUUUCUGCCAACAAACUGUUUUCAUCUUCAGUGGCAGUACAUAGGAGCAGAUCAAAGGAACCCCGAUGGGUUCACCAAUAUCCAGCAUAAGCCCACUUGUAGUAUUGGGGAUAUUUAUUUCAGUGCUCGACCUCGAGUGAGUUUAUCGUUAACGUUAUAUGAACAAGCUCACGUCAAGGCUUUUUCUAAAGCUUUGAAAGAGACCUCCCAGCAAACUAGCAGGCAGUGAAGUCGAAAGCCUGUUAAUCCUUCAUCAAAAAAACGAUGAAUUAAUCCUUACCGAAAACAUCUAGCAUGGUAUUUCAGCCUUUAAAGUGUAACAUGGUGAACAUAUCAUUAACCGAUGUAACGACCCGGUUGGACUUAUAAAUAUUAGGUAUGUCGGGUACACGACAGCUGUUUCACUUAAAAUGAUUAGUAAUGCCCUGCUAUGCGCGCCACCUAAAGCAAUACCAUCUAAAUCACAUGUACUUGGGGCGUGAGUACGGCUACAAAACACAAGGGCAAUUAGCAAAUUAGACAGUUAACAAGUGGCUUGAAACGUUGGCAGACAAUAUUUCAAUUCUUUUUUGUGAAAUGCAGAAAAGAGUUCGGACAUCCCUUUAAAACCAGGCUCUGAUAGAGUGAAUAUUGUGAUGCCGGUGGUUGGGAAAAAAAUUGAGGUUUUAAGACUUUAAUACGGUGUGUCAAGAAACUGUUCACUGACAGACAAAACGCGCACAUACGGUUGGAUUGAAGAAUAUCGAAAUGCAGUCCGACUUCGGGGAAUAAACCGUAGAAGAAGGGGUCAGUACGGGAAAUAGCUCUUGCUGGAAUAUUAGUCCGUUUGUGGACGAUAACCACCUCACCGUGCGUGGCCUCAGCUGAGCAUGUUGCGGUGUAAUUUGCAGACAACCCAACCAAAACUGGUAGACGGAGGAGUAAACGAGAGACUUUCAGUGAUUCAAGGAUGAGGGGCGACAAAAGUGUUGGUUCAAAUGCGGACGAAGAACUCUGUAAAUGCAAUUAAACGCUGAGUGACUGAAAAAUCCACGAAAUAAUUUGAAGUGUGCCAAGGGAAAAAAUCAAAAUUUAUGAAGUCAUGCCUGCUCAUGUAGCAUUUGACUAUGUACACACUUAAGAAUAAUAUUCUACUCCAUGUGAAGUGAGGAUGGAAUUGUUUCUCUCUGGCAACGAAGCACAUGAAGUGAUUAAACUAUCCCAUGAAAUUUUAACAAAAUUUUUAAAUCCGUUUUCGAUUAGAAAGUUUUCGUUUGGUGAAAUCGGGCGACAGAAUUCACAAUAUUUAUUUUGCAUCCGGAGACUGGAUUUAAAUGCGUUUCUUCUCAACCACUACGGCAUCUUCACAAGGUAAAGAGUGAGCACCCUUUGAUCUUUCGAGGUGUUUAUGAAUGCAAGUUUAUUUCAUGGCAAAAAAAAUCGGGAAAGUAUUGUUUCCUGUGCGCAUUAGGGAGAAACAUACAAAAUCUUAAAAUUUUACACGCCAGAGGAACCUAGUUAGGAGGUUAAUCCUCGGGACGCGGCGUACUUUUGAGAAAGACCUACUAAAUCGAGCCGCAGAAAAUCCGAAGUUGUUCUAUGGUUACAUAAGAAGAAGCACACGAAACAGAGACCCAAUCCCGUUAUUGAAAACUAGUGACGACCUAGAACUCAGUGAAGACGGAAAAAAGGCAGAGCACCUUUCACAGUUCUUUAAGUCCAUCUUUACGAAGGAAAGCGCAUUUCUCCCUCCCGACUGCGACAUAGUGGACGGGCCAACGAUUGAGCACGUCUCUUUCGCCGAAGCUAUUGUUUGCAAAGAACUGUUGAAGUUGAAUGAGUCUAAAUCAUCUGGGCCGGACGACAUACCGCCCAAAUUGUUGAAGGAACUUGCUGGAGAACUAUCCAAACCGCUGUCCAUGCUCUUCGAAGCUUCGUUCGAAGCAGGCUAUUUGCCCUCCGAUUGGAAAUCAGCGCGGAUCACGCCAAUUUAUAAAGGCGGCAGCAAGGUCUUAGCAAACAACUACAGACCAAUCAGCCUUACUUCAAUUUGCUGCAAAAUUAUGGAGAAAAUAGUAAAGCGAGAAAUAAUGCACUUCCUAGAAGAGCAUAAUCUGCUAUGCGAUGCCCAGCACGGAUUUCGUAGAGGCAGAUCAUGCGUGACGAAUCUACUAUAUUGUUUAGAUCGCUGGACCCGGGCAGUCGAUGGCAGCAAUGCAGUGCACGCAGUCUACGUCGACUUUAAGAAAGCAUUCGACAGUGUACCCCAUCAGCGUCUCCUGUACAAACUAAACCGAACAGGCCUGAGGGGUAAUCUCCUGAGGUGGAUACAAAGUUUCUUGAUCGGUCGCUCUCNGAAGAAACUCUGUAGCCGUUUGAUGUUUCAAUUUUCAAAUUUUUUUUUUUUUUAAUUGUUCGCCUCCUUGUAACAAAUAGGGAGUUCAAAGGUUUAACACCUAUAUUUCCCUCAAAUAAACUGAACUGAACUGAACUGAACUGAAGUCACUCUAUGCUAACUUGAAAACAUCAUAAACUUCUGGUUAGAUUUUUCAUUUGCAUUGAACUUGGUUUUAUACUUCAUAAGGUUCACCGAAAAAUACAUUUCAUUAUGUUAGGUGAAUGAGACUUUUAAAGCCUAGAACUAGGGUCCCCAAGCAUGUGUACAGAUUCCCCAUUUUAAAAAUUUGAUUGGAACUUUGGGGGGUGAGAGUCUUGGUAAAUACCCGACCCGAAAGUUGCACUUCACUUUCCCGACUAAAAGUUCCCUCGAAAGAGGGAUACGUAUUUUUUGUAUGCUUAAUCGCGGCAAAUUAACUUUAUCGGUCAUGGUUCCAAAAUGCCUCGGCUGUACGAAACGGUCAUUUCACUCGGGACCCACGAGACAUCCAGUCUUCAAAUGCGGCCCUGUAGUCAUGCUUUAAACGCAUCGGCCACAGUGGCGGGCAAAACCAAAUCAGUGCAGCGGACCUGCCUCCCGUUAGCUUUUCAGGCAAACGAGGCUCCAGCAGUGUUGUGGCACGUGUAGAGGACAGUUUGCCGGCCGCUGUUCUCGGACCCGUCUGCGGUGUUCGUGGCCUGCGUGCGCUGCCAGAAAACUACUGA